GGGGUGAAAAGAACAUGGUAGUUGGAAAAGGAGAGUAAAAACCGAAUAAACGACCCUCGUUUUAUGGUCACGGUGGAUCUCUCUGCUGAAGGCUGCGGAAAUGGCGAUGCAGACUGGGGUUUCAACUUCUAAAGUUCUCGUUCUCGUUGGAGCAGGGUUGACUGGUUCUGUGAUUUUGAGGAGCGGUCGGUUGUCUGAUGUAAUUUUACAACUUCAGGAAUUAAUUAAGGGUGUGAAUGAAGUAGAGAUUUCACCUAACCGGUACGAUUCUGCUCUUCUUGCAGCUCAGAUUCGACAGUUGGCUCAGGAGAUCAAGGAAUUGACAUUGUCCAAUCCUGUGACCAUUUUUAAUGGAAAUACUGAUUCCAGUGGUACUGGGAAAUUUGCAUCUUACAUUAUGCCGGCUGCUGCACUUGGGGCAAUGGGAUAUUGCUAUAUGUGGUGGAAGGGAUUGUCAUUUUCUGAUGUCAUGUUUGUUACAAAACGUAAUAUGGCCAAUGCUGUUGCAAAUGUGUCUAAGCAGUUGGAGCAAGUAUCUGCAGCUUUAGCUUCAACAAAACGGCAUCUGACCCUUAAGCUUGAGAACUUAGACGUAAAGAUGGAUGAGCAGAAGGAAACAUCAAAUCUUAUCAUGAAUGAGGUAAAUGAGGUGAAGUCGGAUCUUUCUCUUAUUGGAUUUGAUAUUGAAACAAUCCAGAAAAUGGUAUCUGGUCUGGAAGGAAAGAUUGGACUACUUGAAAGCAAACAGGAUAUUACUAAUUCUGGUCUCUGGUAUCUAUGUCAAUUUGCUGGAGGAAUUAAAGAAGGCCUCGGUGCUAAUCCUUUGCAGGAUGGUAGUGUUAAACCUUCACCAGAACGUGCUCCGUUGACCUUUGAAGAGAAAUCAUCGCUCAAGGGACUACAAGUCAUUGUUGAUACUCCUGAGGCAGGCAGGGUAAAUAAGUCAAAGAUUAGUGAAGUAAUACAAAAUGAUUGUGAUAUCAAGCCUAUCAAAAACGUCUCGAUGACAAAAACAAGAAUCCACAGGGAGUAUCUGAUUGGGAUUUCUUUGGCAAGGGAAAUAUGAGUUCUGCUUCGUAAAUUCAUUAUAUUUGAUUGCUUUUGUGAAUGAACCUGGCUUCUUCAUAUUUGAUUCUAUGGGUUUGCUCUGUAUUGGCCAGGGCUCAAUGAUGCCAUGAGGUCAAAUUGUCUGACCUUGUUUCUAUUUCCUCUCCACAAUAUGGGGAUGAAGUUUAUUGAUCUCAGGAGUGAUGCAAAUGCAUGUUGAGAAUAAGACACUAGCUUUGCUGUGGCCUUCAUGGCCUCAAUUCUUGUUGUUAUUGGUUUUAAUGAGCGCUGGUGUGUUAUAUGUUUUCAUCAAA